ACGGCAAUGAGACAAGAUUUUCUGCUAUUUACCUAUAUCCGACUGAGGAGAGUGGGGUGGCUGUCACCGAUCCUUGCUGGCGCCGCAAUUGGCGAUGAGUUGGCAAGAAGAUCCCGAGCUUAAAAUGGCCGUGGGGCCUAAAGGAGAGAUCGUGGUUAGCUGGAUCUUGUAAAUGCACAGAUGAGCAGAAAACAACAUUGCAGCUGAGGAUCUUGGAUAUCUAACACGAAGCCAAGAUAUCCUGUAACUUGCUAGUAUUUCAGCUUCUGUAAAUGAGCCAAGAUUAGUUGGUUUUUUUCUGACACCUUCAUGAAGAGAGGAGAGAAGCCUGAUGGACAUAGACAAAUGAGGCCAAAAACAUUCCCUGCCAGCAACUUUUCUGGGAGUAGCCGCCAGAUGUUGCAGGAAAUCAGAGAAAGUCUCAGGCAUUUACCCAAACCAUCAGGGGAUGCUGGGAGCACUGAUCAAAGUGUGAUGAAAUUGAGCACAGAAGAUUCAAGACAACAAGGCCGGAAUGCACUUAAAUUUGUAACUUACCAAAAGGCUCUGCAGGAGAUCCGGAACUCCUUGUUGCCAUUUUCAAAUGAAUACAGUUCUUCAGUCCGUGGUUCCACGGAUGUAAACAAGCAGAUGUUACAGGAUUUAGUAAAUGCAGGGUUUGAUGAGGACAUGGUAGUUCGAGCUCUCAAGCAGACCAACAGUCGCAGUAUAGAGGCUGCAAUUGAAUACAUCAGUAAGAUGAGCUAUCAGGAUACACGGCGAGAACAGAUGGUUGCUGCAGCUGCAAGACCAGUGAAUGCAAGUGUGAAAACAUCAGCACCCAGCACGGUUCAGCAAACAAUUAACCGGAGGCCAAGCUGGAAGGGCUCAAAAGAAUCUUUAGCUGCACAACGACAUGGUCCAUCAUUGAUGGAUGGCGUGGGAUAUCGAGCAGACAGCCCGGUCUCCCAGAUAGAAAUGGGUCGGCCAUUGUCAUCAAGUUCAGGAAUGACUACAUAUACACAGAGUCAUCCAGGUAAUGGACAAGUGCCUUUGGGAGCAGUGAACACUCAGAGAGCGAACCCUCAACCACCACUCCCAGUCAGGAGUGUAACUCCUCCACCACCUCCACCCAGAGGACAGACUCCACCCCCACGUGGUACCACUCCUCCCCCACCCUCUUGGGAGGGGAGCCAGCAACCAAAACGGUUCUCUGGCAACAUGGAAUACAUGAUUACACGAAUAUCUCCUGUGCCGCAAGCAGCCUGGCAGGAUGGGUUCCCACCAGCAAACCUGAAUGCUGCCUCUAUGAUGAAUCCACAGCCCCAAGGCCAAAGAGGAAUUAGUCCUAUUCCACUUGGUAGGCAACCUAUUAUCAUGCAAAAUGCCACUUGUAACAAAUACAACUACCCAGCAGGCCGAACAGGCCACCAGAAUGGAUCAGCACCACCUGAUGGCUCUAUAGGUGGACACUUUGUGCCACACACAACUGUUAUGGGAGGAAGCGCGGUGACUCGUCAGCCACCUCCAUACCCUCACUCUCAGUCUAGCAGACUAAGCCCCUGUGCCCUCCAAAUGCAAGCUGGUGGGGCUGCUGCUACCACUUACAGUAGUAACUUGAAUGGAAACGUUUCACAGUCUGUCAUGGUGUCAAACCGAAACAGCCAGAACAUGGAUCUUUAUAACAUCGGUGCACCUACAAUUACAUCUUCAUGGCCACAGCCACCUCCACCUCAGCCCCAGUCUUCAGGUGGUGGGCAGGAGAUGACUAACUGGCAUCCUUCUCAAAAUCUGAACGCACCUGUACGGUCCAAUUCUUUCAACAAUCAUCUUCUGUCCAGCCGGCAGCCUCAUUCCAACUCUCAGCCCUCUGUCACCACGGUGACUGCCAUUACACCUGCCCCCAUUCUACAGCCUGUGAAGAGCAUCCGUGUACAGAAACCUGAGCUUCAGACAGCGCUUGCGCCUACUCACCCUCCCUGGAUGCAGCAAACCGGACCUGUUCCCGAGUGUUCCACUCUCACUGAAGCUCCGAGUUAUCAGCCUCCACCUCCACCAUAUCCCAAGCAUUUGCUUCAGCAAAACCAGUCUGCUUCACUGUAUGAUUCUGUAGCCAAGGUCAACAAAGAUGAGCACACAGCAAAACAGUGCAUAUUACAGGUGGCUCAGAAUGCUGAAGAGGAUGAGCAUGAUAAGGCUACCGAGUAUGGGGAACGGUUUGAUGCUACAGAGAAGGAAAAAAAACUAAUUACAACAUCGCCUGUCCCAGUGCGGAAAAACAAAAAGGAUGAGGAACGCAGAGAGUCACGAAUUCAGAUAUACUCCUCACAAGCCUUCAAAUUCUUCAUGGAGCAGCAUGUGGAGAAUGUGCUCAAGUCUCAUCAGCAGAGGUUGCAUCGCAAAAAACAGCUGGAGAAUGAAAUGUCAAGGGUUGGAUUGUCAAAAGAUGCCCAGGAUCAGAUGCGCAAAAUGUUGUGCCAAAAAGAGUCCAAUUAUAUCCGCCUAAAGAGGGCAAAGAUGGAUAAGUCUAUGUUUGUGAAGAUUAAGACCCUGGGAAUAGGUGCAUUUGGGGAAGUCUGUCUUGCUCGGAAAGUAGAUACCAAUGCAUUAUAUGCUAUGAAAACACUGAGGAAGAAAGAUGUAUUGCUGCGAAACCAAGUUGCUCAUGUCAAAGCUGAACGGGAUAUCUUGGCAGAAGCUGACAAUGAGUGGGUAGUUCGACUCUAUUAUUCAUUCCAAGACCGAGACAAUCUUUAUUUUGUGAUGGACUACAUUCCAGGAGGAGACAUGAUGAGUCUCCUGAUCAGAAUGGGCAUCUUUCCAGAACCUCUGGCACAAUUCUACAUUGCUGAACUGACCUGUGCUGUGGAAAGUGUUCACAAAAUGGGCUUCAUUCAUAGGGAUAUUAAACCAGAUAACAUUCUGAUAGACAGAGAUGGACAUAUAAAACUAACUGACUUUGGGCUGUGUACUGGUUUUCGAUGGACCCACGAUUCCAAGUAUUACCAAAGUGGUGACCAUCCUCGGCAGGACAGCAUGGAUUUCAGUAAUGAAUGGGGUGAUCCCAAGAGCUGUAAGUGUGCAGAGAGACUAAAACCAUUGGAGCGCAGGGCAGCUCGACAACAUCAACGCUGUCUGGCACAUUCCCUAGUGGGCACACCGAAUUACAUUGCACCAGAGGUGUUGCUCCGUACAGGUUACACCCAGCUGUGUGACUGGUGGAGCGUUGGUGUUAUUCUUUAUGAAAUGCUAGUAGGACAGCCUCCUUUCUUGGCACAAACUCCACUGGAAACACAGAUCAAGGUUAUAAACUGGCAGACGACACUUCACAUCCCACCCCAGGCUAAACUUAGCCCAGAGGCAUCCGAUCUCAUCAUCAAACUUUGCCGAGGUCCAGAAGAUAGGCUUGGGAAGAAUGGCACAGAUGAAAUAAAAGCCCAUCCGUUUUUCAGAUUGAUUGAUUUCUCCAGUGACAUCCGGCACCAAUCUGCUCCAUAUAUUCCUAAGAUUACACACCCAACAGAUACGUCCAAUUUUGAUCCUGUGGAUCCUGACAAAUUGUGGAGUGAUAGUAGCAAUGGAGAAAGUGUCAAUGACACACUGAAUGGCUGGUACCAGAAUGGGAAGCACCCAGAACACGCUUUCUACGAGUUCACAUUCCGGAGGUUUUUUGAUGAUAAUGGCUACCCUUACAGCUACCCCAAACCAUUGCAGUGUGAUUAUCUCAAUCCAGAAACACCUGAACAUCAAGCAGAAAGUAACAGGGAAAACACUGCAAUGGGGAAAGGGAGCCAGAAUAGAGAGCUGGUUUAUGUAUGAAGUGAAAAUCAUUACUUUUUUUAAAAGCAGUGCGCCCCUUGUUUAAUUUCCAGGGACAGAUAUUAAUUUCUAUUCAUGCUUUCACUUUUAGUUUAAGGGCUUACAGAAAGGUAUAUUUUGUAAGUAUUAAUUUAUUUCUACAUUGUAAUUUGAAGCCUCCAGCAGUUACACUUGAGUUAAUAGAAUGCUGAUUUGAGCACCUAACACUAGAGUUUAAAUCAAUUUCAUCAUGUGAUCUGUAGUUGAUCAGCAAAAUUGUAAUUGAUUUUCUUCUUCACUUACACUAAGUCUUUAUUAUUACUUUAAUUGCUUUGAUAUUCUUGGAGAGCUUUAUGUAGGUGAGUGCACAGUAGGUGCCUUUUCUCAUUAAAAGUUUAAAGAAGUCAUUUUGCAAGGCUCCAACCCCAGCAGAGAACCUUGCUCGAAGAGCAUCCAAGUCAAAGGAAGGAACAUAAUGGAGUGGCUGACUCUAUAACCCGCACUUUGAAACAGUAAGACUGUAUGUUGAAAGUGAGGAUAGAGUUGCAAUACUACAGGGCUAAACUGUUAUCUGUUCCUAUUUAACGAGACUGCAAACUGGAGUGAAUUUUGGGUUUCAACACUACAGGGCCCAUCGUGGGAUGUGCAUUGAGUGUGAGGGUAGGGCUGUAAUACUGCAGGGCCUAUUUUAGAUAUAUUCUAAUCAACCUGUUCAGCGAUGUUAUUACAUGCCUCCUGGUUCAGAGAUAGGGACAGUACCACAAAGAGUCUAAAAAAAGGCUCAUUUUAUACUCAUUGGGAGUUGAGAGAAGUUACUAACACGACAGGGCUCAUUCAUGCUCUGGUCUAGUCAAGUUUAUCUCUGGGAGGUUUUGAACAUAUGUAUCUGAAACCUACAAAAUGGUCUUUUAUGCUGUGCCUUAAAACAUCCUGCUUAGCUUUGACCAAAUAUGAAGAAAGUAGUUUGGUAUACUUUAUAUGAAAAUAAUUUUCUUUUAGAAGUGUGUAGAACACAGGUUAUUAGCUAUUUUUUUCUAAUUUAUGCAUUGAAUUCUAUUUAUAAAUUAUACAUGUAUAAACAUUUAAUUUGACUUCCAAUGACAUUAAAUCUAAGAUCAUUUUCAAAGGUAAUUGCUUUGCAAUCUGUUAACAUAACUGGUUCAUUUAAAUCAAAAUUAUCAACCUUGCACCACCACCUGCCAAUUGCCUUUCAAGCCACCCACCAUCUAAAUUUGGAAUUCCCUUCUUAGCAGUGUGGCCAUACCGACACUAUGUGGACUGCAGUGCUUCAAGAAGGCAUAUCAGCAGUGUCUUCUCAGGGAGAAUUAGGGAUGGGAAGUACGUGCUGAAUUUGCCAAUAACACAUAAUUAAAGUCAUCAAAUAAAAUUACUCCUUCAAGAUUUAAAAGAUAGAUAUGAUUGCCUCAUUUUAUAGCAAGCAGCAUUUAUCACUGUGCAAGAAUUCACACACACAUUUCUGGUGAGAUUUUUGAACUUGUGGCUGCAGCAUAGCUUGCUGAAGGGAAGAUCAGCAAGAAAUACAUUCUGAGUGAAGCCACAUCCUUGAUCACAUCAUUGGGUUGAAGAUCCAAUCAUUCAAAUCAGUCUUUUGAUAAAAAUACAGGUGAGUUUUUUAUAGAGCACUUUACAAAGAUUUUAAUAAAUUGUACCCAUUUAAAAAAAAUGCAUUCGACAGUCUGUUUUAGAAAAGUGUUAAUUGAAUUUAGUGGUUAACAAGGGCAUUUUGGAGUCGUGAGGCCAGACCAUCAGAUUUCCUUCUCUAAAGGGCCUUUGUGAACCAGAUAGGUUUUUAACAUCCAUGCUGAUAGUUGUCAUGUCACUAAGACUAGUUUUAUGUUCCAACACUUGGGCAUCUAGAUUACUAGUCAGGCAAUAUUACUGCCAUUCCCCACAUUAAACUGACAAUAUAUAUCAAAUUUGAACUUAGAAAAUUUAUAGGUAUGUAUCUCCCAACAAUAAGUUUGAGAUGCCUAGAAAAUUUAAUAUGUGGAUGGCUUGGAGAGGCUGUCUACUAACAGCAUCAUUACAUCAUGCAAGAAAUUGAAGGAUUUUGUGCUGUCAACUGGGGUUUUCGUGAACUUAAAUUUCGUUAUUGAAAACAUCACCUUCUCAAAAACCAGGUCUUUGCUUCAUAAUCUUUUAAUGGAAACUGAAUAAAUGAUUGAGUUGUCAAGUGCAUUUUUAUUUGGACUAAGAUAAUUCAUAAAGGUAAGAGACUUUCAUUGACUGUUGAAGUGGUGGAUGUUCUGAAGGCUUUUAACGAGUAUGAAGAGAUGGCAAGACAGCUUUAAUAAUAUUUAUAAAAUACCAUCAGUGUUCUACUUAGUCUGUUGUAUUUAUACAUUAAUCUGAAGUACUCAAAGUAAGUUUAGCAAAUAGGCCUUGUCUUCAGAUCAGAAAUUAAUCCAAUACUGUGCUGAGGUAUUGGCUUAACAGUCUACAUUGCAUUGAAGUCCCUAAAAUGGGACAUUUGACUCUUAUGCCACAAACAUCAAUCUUUACAAUUGCAAUGUUUCCCACUCCCUUCCUCAGAUGUUAAGUGGAAUUUAGUUUAUUAACUCAUCUAGUGACCUAACCAACAUCCCUACCCUUAUGAGGUGUCCAGUAAAUUUACGCAAAACAAAAUAUUCAGUGUAUAUCCUGUCCUCAGCAGCUUGUUUGUAAGUGCAUCUGCUCAGUUCUUGACCACUCACCAGAAAUAGAGUUGAGUGCAAAUGUGCCAGGAUGGGUCAUGUGAUUCCAUAGUAGU